CCGGGCUAGCAGCCUUGUCACAGCCACCUCAAGUAUAAUCACGGAAGCCUCCCUAAAGGAUUGAGGAGCAGUGCCUGAAUAAGGGAUAGAAUAACACGGCAUGAGCAUGAGUAGUUUGAAAUUGCUGAAGUAUGUCCUGUUUUUCUUCAACCUACUCUUCUGGUUCUGUGGCUGCUGCGUUUUGAGCUUUGGGAUCUACCUCCUGAUCCACAAGAAGUUCGGGGUGCUCUUCUUUAACCUCCCCUUCCUCACGCUGGGCAAUGUGCUUGUCAUCGUGGGCUCCAUUAUCAUGGUGGUUGCCUUUCUGGGCUGCAUGGGAUCUAUCAAGGAAAACAAGUGCCUGCUGAUGUCGUUCUUUGUCCUGCUGCUCAUCAUCCUACUUGCCGAGGUGAUCUUGGCCAUUCUGCUCUUCGUAUAUGAACAGAAGCUGAACAAGUAUGUGGCUGAUGGUCUGACUGACAGCAUCCAACGUUACCAAUCAGAUAACAGCACCAAGGUGGCAUGGGACUCCAUCCAGUCAUUUCUGCAGUGUUGUGGUGUAAAUGGCACAAGUGACUGGCCCAAUACCCGACCAGCAUCUUGCCCUUCAGAUCCACAAGUUAAGGGUUGCUACAUAAAAGCACAACAGUGGUUUCAAUCCAACUUCUUGUAUAUUGGCAUCAUCACCAUCUGUAUAUGUGUGGUUCAGGUGUUGGGAAUGUCCUUUGCACUGACCCUGAACUGCCAGAUUGACAAAUCCACCCGGGUCCUAGGACUGUGACCUGCAACCACCCUGUGCUGGAGAGAUUUGUCUCAUCUUUGGAAAUCUAAAACCAUUUAUAGCAUGAAGCCCUAAAUAAUCACCUGCUGCACUGUUGUCAUCAUCUUCCCUUCAUCUCUUCUCUGCUUGGGUCUCUGUCUUAUACAACUGGAGAAGAGGGUGUUGGUCAGAUACUUCCCAUCUCGGGCAGCAAGACAACUAUUCAUCCAUUAAUGGAAGCAAGGUGGUAGAAUACCUGGGUGUUUUACAGAAGUGAGAGACCAAGAGAACUUAUGGCGCUAGUAGGCCAAAACCCAAGGGCAAAUCUAGGAUUUGAUAUUUUGCAAAUUACUAUUGUUAAAUCAGUCUCUAGCCUCUAAACCACAUCCAGUCUGCUUUCCAAAGUCAAGCAAAAGAAAGCAGAGGAAAGCUCUGGGGCCAGGCUCACUGGAUUCUUGACACAACCCUAUGUUUCCUUAUGCUCUGGUUACAGGAAUUAACAGAAUACUCUUUCCCCAAAGGGUGAGGUUUCAUUUCAACUUCUUUGUUAAAUGUCCUUAUUAUUGUAAGUCUUUCCAGUUAAAGAAACUAUCCAGUGAUUCAUAUCUUGACUGCAAAUAUCUUUUAGCCUUUGAUUUACAUAGUCAUGGAAGAACUCAGCAGUCCAAUAUCUCUGGUGUAUUAGCAGAUAAUCUCAUUCAGAAGAGCUCUAGUAUAACUUCUCUAUCAGAUAAGGUUUUGUUAAUGUGCUAUUUUUAAUUCUUCAAUAAAUAAAAUAGCUUAUGACCUCAA